AGGAGACUGGCCAGCCAAUCGCAGCCCAAGCCAGUGCCCCGCCAGGAAAAUAGAUGAAGCGCAUCUGGACAGCUGUGCUGAGAAAGUUUGUGGGCCCCUUCCCGGCCUGCCAUCCGCAAGGCACGUCUCCCACGUCGCCUCCUGCUAGCCACUUGCUACUUAUUUAUUUUUUUCCCAAGAAGCAAUCGGCAAUCCAAGCUUGAACCUUUUUAUUCCCGCUCCCCCCACUCCACAUGCCAGGCGAGGCCACAUCACAUUCAACACUGUUUAACUUUCAUGGGGCUUUGCGAUCCAAAGAACAGAAACAGCAACAAAAACCCAGCCGCCGUCUGAUCCUAACUGUCACAGUGGGGAAAGUAGGGUGCUGAGAGAACGGAUCAAGCUGGGUCAUGGGGAGUUUCAAAGGUCAUGCCCUCCCUGGAACCUUCUUCAUUAUUAUGGGCUUUUGGUGGCUUACAAAGGGUAUUCUGAAAUAUGUCUAUAAAAAGCAAACUCGGACCUGCUACUUGAGUUCCAAAACGUUAUUACGUCGAGCAGAGAUUUGGGAAGGAAUUGUCGCAGUCUUGAUGGCUUUUACUGGUAUGGCUGGGGAGCAGUUUAUCACAGGCGGACCAUACCUGAACCUGUAUAAAGAUGGCCAGUGGAACCAGCUUCUGGGCUGGCAUCACACAACCAUGUACUUCUUCUUUGGGCUAAUGGGGAUAUCCCACAUCUUAUGUUUCACUACCAAUUUAGUUCCCCUUUCUUUAAGCAAGUUGAUGUUAUCAAAUGCCUUCUUUGUGGAAUCAUUUAUCUUCUACAACCACACUCAUGGUCGGGAAAUGAUAGAUGUGUUUGUGCACCAACUUCUGGUCUUUACCACCAUUUUGACGGGUCUGCUUACCUUCAUGGAAUUCCUUACCAAGAACAAUGUACUUCUGGAGCUCUUACGAUCAAGCCUCGUCAUACUACAAGGGACCUGGUUCUGGCAGAUUGCUUUUGUCCUGUAUCCUCUCAGCGGCAGUCCUGCAUGGAAUCUGUCAGACAUUGAGAAUAAAAUGUUUCUCACCAUGUGCUUCACCUGGCAUUAUGCAUCAACCUUUAUCAUCUCUGGAUUAAAUUAUGCUUUUAUCACCUGGUUAAUUAAAUCUAGACUUAGGAAGGGCUGCACCUCAGAGGUUGGACUCCUGAAAAAUGUUGAACGUGAACACGAAUCUGAAGAGGAAGUGUGAUUUUGAUGGGCACCCAUUCUAAAUAAGUCUUCUCUUGCUGCAUUGCCUUUGUUCAUGGCUUUCGUUCUUGACCUUUGUCUGAAAAACAGCUGUCUGAGGCUGACUCCAUGUUGUUUGUAUUUCCAGUUUUGAUAAAGUGUUGGACUUAUAAAUGUCUCGCUUUCUGACAUCUUUGAAAAUACCUUGGGUGAUAAAUUCAGUUUGCAUAUUAUGCAUGCCGUGGUGUUCAAGAGCAAUCAUUUUUUCCAAAGUUAUGCAUAGUUUCAUGUUCAUAUUAUGAAAAUUAUUUGUUUUAUUUUCCUGAUGGAUACCUUAAAGAGUCAUAGCCUUGUCAUCGCUUGUAAUUCAUUAAAUGUCGCAUGUUAUUUAUCUUGUGGCCACAAUGAAAAAAUAAAUGAAUGCAUGCACCUUUGUGCAAAA